AUGUCUCUGGCCUCUCCACAUAUAAACACCAUCUAUGUCCACAAUCUCAACGACAAGGUGUCACUCAAAAAGUUGCGCCAGUCACUCGACGAAAUCUUCAACAAAUUUGGCACCAUCAUACAAAUCACAGCCCACAAGAAUCUCAAGAUGAAGGGCCAGGCUUUUAUCACAUUCGAGACAGCCGAGUCUGCUGCCAAGGCAUUGGUCAAACUCCAAAACCAUCAGCUUUUCAACAAACCCAUUAAAAUACAAUAUGCCAAAACCAACUCAGAUAACUAUUUUACGCAAGUCGCGAACGAUCCAAAACCAAUAGAAACCAGAAAAGAGUUGAAAGCAAAACAGCAAACCAAGAAAAGGACAGCCGACGAGUCAGAACAGAAACCCCAGAAGAAGAAGAUCAAAAUCGACGACUGGAAGAAACUUCCUCCAAAUAAAAUUCUCCUUCUUCAGAACUUAUCUGGAUCGGUGGACCAGACUAAGCUUUCUUCUUAUUUUGAACAAUUCGCUGGCUUCGUCACUGCCAGACUUGUUAAAGCCCGUAACUUGUCAUUUGUAGAGUUUGAGAACGACCUGGCUUCUACAGAAUGUAUUUCAAAAGUCGAUCUGGUCGUGUUGAAGGAAAACUUUGGCGACGAAGCCUUCUUGACCUACGCAAAGAAAUGA